ACAGUGAUCCGGAUGCUAACGGAACGAGGGCGGCAAGUGACCAAUGAGCUGCUGUCGUUUGUUAUUGUGGUGAAGAAGCGCUCGAUGCUGGAGUGAAUGAAAGACAGACCGCACAUAUAGUUCGUUUAUUUAUUAUCGUCUUAAUCUUGAGCUAAAUUUCACUAUGCCGUAUGCCAACCAGCCCACAGUGAAGAUCACGGAGCUGACGGACGAGAAUGUGAAGUUUGUGAUCGAGAACACGGAUCUCGCGGUGGCGAACUCUAUUCGUCGCGUGUUCAUGUCAGAAGUUCCAACCAUCGCUAUCGAUUGGGUUCAGAUCGAUGCCAACUCCUCUGUACUCCAUGAUGAGUUUAUUGCACACAGAGUGGGGUUAAUUCCCCUCACAAGUGAUGACAUUGUUGACAAGAUGCAGUACUCACGAGACUGCACAUGUGAUGAUUUCUGUCCAGAGUGUUCGGUUGAGCUCACGCUUGACGUAAGAUGUACAGAAGAUCAGACGCGACACGUGACCUCACGAGAUCUCCUGUCCAAUAACCCCCGGGUCAUCCCUGUAACAUCCAGAAGUCGAGACAACGAUCCCAAUGACUACGUAGAGCAGGAUGACAUCUUGUUGGUGAAGCUGCGGAAGGGUCAGGAGCUGCGUCUCAGAGCGUACGCUAAAAAGGGGUUUGGCAAGGAACACGCCAAGUGGAAUCCCACCGCAGGGGUGGCGUUUGAGUAUGACCCAGACAAUGCGCUGAGACACACGGUGUACCCACUUCCACAGGAAUGGCCUAAAAGUGAAUAUUCAGAAAUUGAAGAGGAUGGAGUUCAAGCUCCAUAUGAUCCUAAUGGCAAGCCAGAAAGGUUCUAUUACAACGUGGAGUCCUGCGGUUCACUUCGGCCAGAGACCAUCGUCAUGUCGGCUUUUGCUGUCCUUAAGAAGAAACUGAGUGAUCUGCAGACUCAGCUCAGCCACGAAAUUCAAAGCGAUGUGCUCACCAUUAACUAAACUGAUAAAAUACUGCCUUUUUGGAUCACGUUUUUGGGAAAAUAUAUUUUUGCAGCUGAUAUUUGUUUCUUUGCAUGAAACCUGUUAUGAUGGAGAAUUCUAUUAAUAAUAAACACAUUAAAACAUU